AAGAGAAAUACAUUAUUGUUAUUAUUAUUAUUCCAACGGUAGCCUUCAGAUCCACGCUCCAGUCCAGUUGGUGGCAGUAUUGCACCAUUUCAUUGUUUGCCAAACGCCAUAAAACACCGAGAAGAGUAUUAUGUAGCUUGUUUACAUAGGUGGAGCCGGAUAUGACGUCAGCUUCUCUGUGUGCAGCAGCUGAUCAGAUUAGUCGUUUUUGAUAUUUUCUAAGGUGAAGAAUAUCUAAGGUUUAGCAGCGCUCCGGCUCACUUUCUGUGGGAAACUGUAGUUCGCCCAGCUGACACUCGAGCAUCACGAGGCCUGUCAGUUUUGGCUGAUACAUCACCAGGCCUACCUGAGAUCCUAAGCUAAUUAGCUAGCCGUCACCAUUAGCAGAAUUCGUAAACGUAAGCUGCAGGUAGAUGGUUUGAUGGAUAUAAAGAAAUGUAAUAUGAAGAAGAUAUCUGUAGUGUAGCUGCUCCAGUGCCCACAGCAGUGUCUCCAGUCCUGACAGCGCUCCGCUCAGCUGUAAGAUGUGGGUCAAACUGUUUUUCUUGCUCCUGUAUUUCUUAGUAUUGUUCAUGCUAGCGAGGAUCUUUGAGGCUGUAGUUUGGUAUGAGACCGGUACGUUCGCCACUCAGCUGGUGGAUCCAGUUACUCUCAGUUAUAAGAAGCUGAAAACCAUCCUGGAGUGUCGGGGACUGGGAUACUCUGGACUAGCUGAAAAGAAAGACGUCAGCGAGCUGGUGGAGAAAUCAGGAGAGUUGACACAGGGGGAGCUGUAUUCAGCCAUCAAGAAAGAGAAGGAGCAGACAGAGGGAGGAGAUUCCAGCACCACACACUUCAGUGGAGAGAUGCACUUCUAUGAAUUAGUGGAAGACACUAAAGAUGGGAUCUGGCUGGUUCAGGUCAUUGCUCGGGACCGGGAAGCUCUGCUCAGUCCUUCCAGCUGGGGGAAAAUGGUGCAGAAAGUGUCUCAGUUUGGGAUCAGAACUGGAACCUUCAAUUGCUCCAAUGACUACAGGUCAUGUAUCAAGCGCGGCUGGCAGCGCUCCACUCUCAUCAUGUCUGUCCCUCAGACUUCAGCAUCAAAGGGCAAAGUCAUGCUAAAAGAAUACAAUGGUCAUCGCACUGAAACCGAACAUAUCUUCCGUUGGAUGACCUCACAUGUGGUUCAUCGAAUCAAAACGCUGCGUCAAUCUGAGCAGCUUGUGGAGGAGUGGCGCUCUGAUCCGGCCUACCCGGUCAAGAUGUUUCUGUUCGCCCAUUUGUCCCAACCACCCGCCUUCUUUUCCUCCCUGUCUGUCAAGUUCACCGGCAGGAUUGAGUUCAUCUUUGUGGACAUACGUCACUGGGAUAACCACAGCAGCUUAUCAGAGAUCGGUGUGACACAGAGCCCCGCCUACAUCCUCAAGAUGCCUGAGGGCAUCUAUCGCUAUGGCAACAGUACGGGAGAAUUCCUGUCCCUGACUGCUAUGGAUACUUUCCUGCGGUCUGUCCAGCCGGAAGUUAAUGAUCUGUUUGUCCUAAGUCUGGUCAUCAUAAACUUGCUGGCCUGGAUGGACCUCUUCAUUACACAGGGAGCAACAGUGAAACGAUUUGUGGUUCUGAUCAGAACGCUUGGAACCUACAACUCCUUACUGCUGGUGUCCUGGCUUCCUGUUCUGGCUCUCCUCCAGCUGCCCUAUCUGGACACUAUAUAUUGUUACAGUCUGAAGCUGCUUCGUUAUGCUGACACCACGACACUGGCCAGCCUGGUGAGAGCUGACUGGACCUUCUACUCAUCCCAUCCUGCUCUCUUCCUGUCCACCUACCUGGCCCACGGCCUGCUGGUGGACUACUUUGAAAAGAAACGCCGCUGUGGUGUCAGGAAUCUAGAGGACAGCACCACCAAUCUGGAGUGGCUAGCCAAUCUGUGGGACUGGUACACUUCCUAUUUGCUCCACCCAAUCACAUCGCUGCAGCAGGCCCCAUCUGACCACUCAGACUGGGAGGAUGAUCCCAACUUCUUAUUUGAGCGUUUGUUUUUUCCAGAUCUCUGGCUACGCCCCUUAGUAAACAUGGACUACAUUAAAGCCCUGCCAACCUGGAGGUUCAGAGCCGAGGGUCACCACAGGGGGGAGUGUUCUGGUGGCCAGCAGCCUGAAGACACAGAAAGUUCAUAUUCUGACAGAGAGAGCACGAUGGGCAGGGAGUCUCCUCCUGCCAGUCCCAACAGAACACCACACAAUAGCAAAAGACAUAAGAGUUCGCUUUGCUGUCAGGGCAGCAACACACAGCUGUGUGUGUACAGCAACAUGGACCCCAGCAGCAGCUGUCAGUGUGUGUGUGCUGCUGCAUCAGCCCUUGAGUGUUGUCAAGGGAACAGAAGCUUAUUGCCAGUGGACGGGUCACUGGAGGAUGGCCAUCUCACACCUGAAGUGGUUUCUAACCAGCAACGCUGUGAUUGGUCAGUUUGGCCCUGUGAUGUGCUGCAGUGUUCAGAGUGUGUGGUGUGUCUGGAGAACUUUGUGACUGAAGAUCUGCUGAUGGGUCUGCCCUGUGGCCAUGCCUUUCACCAGCAGUGCAUUGUGGUGUGGCUGGCAGGAGGCAGACACUGCUGCCCAGUGUGCCGCUGGCCCAGCUACAAGAAGAAACCCUCUGCAGGACCAAACAGAUCUGACUGAGCACUUCUUCAUGUUUCCUGCCUACAGGCGCCAAGCUCACUGUGUCUGCCAUCAUCACAGCUUGCUUGGGGAACCAAUAAGAGGAAGGCACUGUCAUUUUAUGUGAUCAGGGCUGAUGUUACCAUUAGCCAUCAAUCAACUUGUUUCCAUUCCUGUUGAAUGCAGUGUGCUGGCCAUCAUGGCAGAAAGGCCAGUCACACUGGCUUUUACAUAGAGAGGAUAUUGAUUCACACGGUAAGCAUUGAUGUAGUCACAGUAAAAUCUGUAGCGCAAUACACCACAUCUCUAGUUGAGCUGCCAGAGUUCCAGGACUAAGAGGACAGUACAGUGACAGUUCUUUCAGAUAAUGUGAAUACAGACACGACAAGAAGGUACUUAUGAAGCUAACUGCAUUAAAAACACACAUAUACACUGUCUGCUUGUAUCAUUACUGCCUGCUAUUGCAAAACCUCCAUGCUGUAUGCAUUAUUAGGAUUUUGGAUAGCUUCUCCUUUCAAUUGUCAACACAGAAAAGAUAUAUUGGGCAGCACAAAAAAAUUAAAUGAAUGAGUCAGGUGUGAAAUAUCACUGACAAGUCCGUUUGGUUCUGAAGGUAUUGACUUAUCCCACCAAUAACUUCUCAGAACUUUAAUUUUUACUUAGUUUGAUUAUUCAUGUCUCAUUCUAAACAAGUACUGUCUGCCUCACUUGCAUAAUCUACCCUCAUCAGAUAAUCAUUUAAGAUUGAAAACCUGGAAAGUACAGUAUAACAUGUAAGAAUCCUACAUGUACAUUUUAGUGAUUAGUGACGCCCAAACCUGCAGUAAGUGCUUUAUAUUAACAGUGGGGUGGAUCACUGUGUAAUAUGAAAGUGGUCACUUGUAGACUUCUAAAGAGAAUUAUCACCAACUCUGUAGUUGCUCUCAGCUCCACGGAGAAGUUUAGUAGCCUUUGGCUUGUUUUUUUUGUUUUUGUUUUGUUUGUUUUUUUUAACUCUGCAAACAUUAACCUUGUUUCUAAGCAGCAGCAGGCAGCUGCGUUGAGUGAAAAAGGGUCUGAUAAACCACAAUACACUACUACCUGCUCAGCAGCAGACAGACAAAGAUAUUAACUGGGGAACAUAGCGGAGCAUUUUGCAGCUAAACAGAUAUUUACCUCAGGAGUUGGUAAAAAAAAAAAAAAAAA